UCGAGCGUGCAUGACACCUCCGACCGCAAAACAAUUACGCUGCACACCGCGUACGCGAGCGGUGCGACGGUCGAGGACACGGAUGCUUGAUCGAUUUCGCCGUCGCGUCGGGCGGUGAACGCGUCCCCGUCCUGCACGCCUUCAUCGGCAAAGUCGGUGACGGGCAGCAAUGUUUACGGACGAUACGUCGCGUGCACGCGAGCGCCUGCGAAAACACUGGUAUUCGUCGUCGCCGUAACGCAUUCGCGGUCGGUCGUGUCGGACGCGUCCAACGAUGAGACGUUCGUACGUUUGCGCGGUACUCGCGAUAUCGAUGGCCACCGGGGUGUGCGGUGAUGGAGCACGGCCGGGGUGCGUGCAGACCGCCGUGGACAACGCGGUCGGUGCGGAGGUGACCACGGUGCUGCCGGAAGACUACGUCGUCGUCAACGUCGGCGAUCGCAGUCCGACGGCCGGCGCGCUCGAGGAAGGUAGGGGCAAGAAGAAGAAGAUCAAAAACACCUCGCUGAACAUGAUGCUCGGCGGAGGCAUGAUGACGGCUUUCGUCGUACUGUUCAUGUUCCUGAACAUGAUCACCGUCACCUUGGGCAAAGCGUUUUUGUUCACGUUCAUCGCCAAAUUUUUGGUGUCGGUCAACUGGAAGCAUUCCGGUUCGUCCUCUAAAAAGUCCUCUCACAAAGACAUAACUAUUGUGAUGGAUUGAAAACGGCACAAACAAACACAGCGCUACGAUCCCAACAAAUUACUUACAGUAUUAGAAAGUGAUAGUGUAUUAAAACAUCGUAUACAUUUUUUUUUGAUUGGAAAUCCAAAUUUAGAAAAGAUAUGCCAACGAAGGAACUAGACCACAAUCGAAGAAAAUGAAUGUUUCCUUGGAAUCACUUUCAAUAGUGCUAUAUAUAAACUCAACCCAAAGCGGACAUCGGUUAAAGUUACUCGAUAAUUACGGUUAAACAUAUAUACACUAGGAAUUUUUAAUUAUUUUUCAAUUAGAUUUUUUAAUAGAUAUUUUCUAGUUACU